AUGGGGUAUGAAAAACAUGAUGAUGGAUGGAUUCUUAAGGGUAGCGGAGGUGAAGCAUGUCCACCUCCUCCUGUUACUGGUCCUCUUGCAUGGUUUAAUACAUUUUACCAACAAUUCACAAGCUUCAGCCAAAAAAUGCAAAUGGGAAUCCAAUCCCUUCAAACCAACUUCUCAACUCUUCAAGCAAAUUAUUCUUCCAUUGAUGACUAUUUGGGUCGCAUUAAGAAAUACUUAGCUAGUUCCUCUUGUCCCUCUGAUCCUAUGGAUAUUAAUUCUGCUCUAGCUAGCAAUGAUGGAAGUGACAAAGAGGACUCCAAAAAUGGCGAUGGUGAUGAUGAGGAAGACACAGAAGCAAAGCAUGGUUCUGAAGAAGAAGAAGAUGAUGAAUCAGGAGAAGAGGAAGAUGAAGCUGAUGAUAACUGA